AUGGUUCAAUUUAACGUUAUUGUUUGCGGUGGUGGUCUCGGUGGUAUUGCCUGUGCCAUUGGCUUAAAAAGAAAAGGACAUAAUGUUACCAUUCUUGAAGGUGCAUCGCAGUUAAACGAAGUUGGUGCUGGUAUUCAGAUUCCUCCUAACAGUGUCAAAAUUCUUGAGAAAUACGGACUCUUGGACAAAUUUUUACCAUUCAUUACCAAGCCAAAGAAUAUUAAUCUCAGAAGAUACAACACUGGUGAAAUUAUUAGUCGUACACCAUUAGACCCAGAUAUGACUGAUAACUACGGCUAUCCAUAUUUAUUGAUUCAUCGUGCUGAUUACAUUAGAUUAUUAUAUGAAGCAGCCACUGAAAUGGGUAUUGCUUAUAAGACUAAUUCCAGAGCUGUAUCCGUCGACCAAGAAGCUAUUACCGUUACAACCGCGUCUGGUGAGGUUUAUUCAGCUGAUGUUAUCGUCGGUGCUGAUGGUAUUCGUUCUGUAGUUCGUGAUACUGCAGUGGUUACAAGUGAAACAGUUCAACCAACCCCUUCUACCAACUGUGCUUUCCGUGCUACUAUUCCAAGAGCCGAGAUGUUAGCUGAUCCACUUGUUGCCCAUCUCAUGUCCGAUAUCAACUCGAACUGUUGGAUCGGUUAUAGAAGACACGUCAUGGCAUAUCCAAUUAGAAAUGGUGAGUUAUACAACAUGGUUAUGUCUCACCCCGGAAAAGCUUCUAUUGGAAAAUGGAGUGAGCCUGGUAACCUUGAAGAAAUGAAAGCCCACUAUAAUCACUUUGAUCCAAUUGUUCGUCAACUUCUUACUCACGUCAACUCUGUGCUUAAAUGGGUCCUUGCUGAUUUGCCAAUGCUUCCACGUUGGGUGAGUGAUAGCGGAAAGGUUGUCAUCAUUGGUGAUGCUGCUCAUGCUAUGUUGCCAUACUUGGCUCAAGGUGCUGCUCAAGCUAUUGAAGACGGUUGUAGAUUAGCUGAAGAAUUGAGCAAAUGUUCUUCAACCGAUGAUAUUCCAUCUGCCCUCAGAGGUUUUGAAAGAUUGAGAAAGAAGAGAGCUGAUACCAUCAAGGCUGGUGCUGCUAAGAAUGCUCAUAUCUGGCAUUUACCAGAUGGGGAAGAGCAAGAAGAAAGAGAUGCCCUCAUGAAAGCCAGAGAUGGACAUAAUCCGGACCAAUGGUCCGAUAGCGAAUUCCAAAGAUGGUUAUUUGGUUGGGAUGCGUUUACUGAUUAG